UUGUGUCCAAAUUUGGUAUAUCAUUGAGUGUUAACACAACAAAAGCAUUUCAAAUAAAACACAUUUAAUUAAAGUUUGUUUUCAAUGCUAUCAUUGAAUGUGAAUUGAAAUGUGUUUUCAUUGAAUUUUUUGUUGUAAAACAUAUCGAUUACAAAACAAUUUGUUUUUAUUUUUAACAAAUUAUUUUGUUAUUGACAUUAAUUGUCAAUUGAUUUAUAUAUUUUUGAUUGUUGUCGAUAAAAAUGUUGCGAAGACAACAACGCAUACGAAGAGAGUAUUUAUACCGAAAAGCAUUGGAAGAACAGAAACGUGUGAUCACUGAACGCAAGGAACAGCUCAAGAGGUCACUCGAUGAAAAUAAGGAGAUCCCAAAUGAGUUGAAGAAAGGCGCUCUUCAGUUACAAUCUGUACUCGAGUGGGACGACGAGGCGUCAGAAUUGGUGACCAGUCAUGAGGACGAUGAGUAUCGAUGGGCUGGUGUUGAGGACCCAAAGAUAGUGAUAACUACAUCACGAGACCCGUCAUCGCGACUUAAAAUGUUUGCAAAGGAAUUAAAACUAAUUUUCCCGAACUCUCAACGGCUAAAUCGUGGAAAUUAUGAACUAAAACAACUAAUUGAGUCGUGUCGGGCCAAUGAUGUCACCGACUUUAUAACAGUUCACGAAACCCGCGGCGAACCCGACGGUCUGGUCAUAUGUCACUUGCCAUAUGGACCGACAGCUUAUUUUCAAUUAUGUAAUACAGUUAUGAGACACGAUAUACCAAAUAUCGGUACAAUGUCUGAAGCCUAUCCACAUCUGAUUUUUCAUAACUUGAAGUCCCGAUUAGGCCAAAGAGUAAUGAAUAUAUUGAAAUAUUUAUAUCCUGUUCCUAAAGAGGACUCGAAACGAGUCAUAACAUUUGCCAAUCAAGACGACUAUAUAUCAUUCAGACACCACACCUACAAAAAAGUAGACGGAAAGGUAGAGUUGGCAGAAGUUGGUCCCAGAUUUGAGAUGAAAUUGUAUGAAAUUAAAUUGGGAACUAUAGAUAUUGCAAAUGCUAUCGACUCUGAAUGGAUAUUCAGACCUUAUAUGAAUACAAACAAAAAGAGAAAGUUUUUAAGUGAUGAAUAG